AUCUGUCUGAACACUUUGCUGGAAACAAAUAAGCGAAACAGAUUUAAAUGACUAAUGAGGUGACAGUAUAGAGGAUGCCUUCCACAGAACACAAACAGGAUUUUACUGUUUUCACAUACAGUGAUGCCAUUUCUCAUUUAUUUCAUGAGAACGGAAUACAGAGGCAGGGUUAAUUUUCACAUGCUCGGAUUUAAUGCUAUACAUAUUCAUCUAAAACUACUGUUUCUUGAAGGGAUAUUGUGAUUCCUCUGAAUAAAAUCAAUGCCAUCCUUUGAGACUUGGACUAUGGCAGGACUGUUGCUGGUUCUACUCAUUCACUCAGCUUCAGUUUUUACACAGAUGGCAGAAAUUCAAGUGAAUGGAACAAUUAAGAAGAAGGCUGGCACAUCUGUCAUAUUACCCUGCAAAUACAAGCACUUAAAUGUGACAAAUCCUGACAUAGAAUGGAUUUUCAGAAACCAGACUUUGGAAAAUACAGUGAUACUAUCACUGUCAGGAGAUAUGGCGUUUCAUCCUAAAAGUGAAUGGAUAAAACAAGUCUCUUUCUCCUCAGAUAAUGGCACAAAAGAAGAUGCUUCCCUGCUUGUCAACUCCCUAAGAUCAUUUGAUAAUGGAAGCUACACCUGUAAAGUGAAGCAGGGAUACAAUUUAACACUAUGCUUUUAUAUCCUAAUAGUUGAGGAAGGCUUUGAAAAUACAUCCACUGCAAUUAAUGACAGAAACACCAAGUAUACAGCCAGGGGUCGAAGAAUGCUGACUGCUGCUUUGGCACUGAUCUUUAUUAUCCUGAGCCUACUGUUAAUAACCAGAAUGUGUUAUAGCAAAUUUUUCCAUCCCAAAAAGAUCUAUUUAGAACCUGUGUACAUGAACGAAGCACCGGAGUUUGAAGGCAUACAUGUGAGAAAUAUGGUAUAUGAUAGCAGCAUUCCACUGAACAUUAAUGAAAGUCAGCCUAAUAUCGAAUCUGCUUAUCAGGAGAUACCUCAAUGUACUACAGAAGGUCUGGCCAGAAACAAAAGAAGAAGUCUAGAUACUGUUUAUGUUACACUAGGGUCUGUAUACAUUAACUAGUGUCUUGGAUGGAGGGUUUUAACCACUGCACUGCAUUAUGAAAUAAAAUGAGAAUUAUGUGUGAAGUGGCAGAUGUACAGAGGCAUUUAUGAAAAUGAAGGACCUUGUUUGGCAACCUGUGCUGGCAUUUAAUAUUCCGGGUUUGUGCAAAACAAGCUAGUGGUGUUUCAGUAAUGAUCUUGGCAUAGUAAUACAGCCCUGAAGCUAGAAAAAGACAGUUUUGUUUUAAAAUGAGCUACUUCAAUAAAUAUUUUGCUCAUUAUGCAAAGAAGGAUGAGUAAGCUGGAGUUAUUUUCUUUUUUGUUAAAAAAAAAAAAACAUCAGUGAUCAGUUCUGCUGCGAGUGGCAGAAAGCAAGACUCAUCUACACUUAAGGAACUUGUCAUUAGUUGGCAAUAUCAUACUUUUCAGGAUAUUAUAUCAAAAUUCUGAUUCCUUGUAGGAGCUGCCUUUACACAAAGAAGAAUUGCAGCAGCUUGCUUCUUAACACCACUAACAAAUUUCAGACAUGGAUCUUUAUUUAGUAGAGCUGGAUGACAAAGUGUAAGAGAACCAGAUGUAAUUAGAAAUUCUUAUGAAGCAGCUCUAUCAGUCUAAGGAAAAGCAGAUUCAUCUUGAAAAUGUAUACUGAUAGGACAGUAAUAUGCAAAUAGGAUCUAAGGACCAGACAAGAUUGACUUUACCCCUUCAUGGUAUCUUGCUGCUGUUAAACCUUCAGGAAGGUAUCCUAUCUGAUUUUAUAGGGCACAUAGGUGUAUCGUUCCUAAUGCAGAACAGCCUUUGUGUAAGGUAAACACAAUAUCAUCUAUGAUUCAGUAUAACAAUUAAUGUUCCUAUUGUUUGGAAAAUGUCUCACGGAAUCAUAGAAUAUAGACUGUAGAUAAUAGACAAGCCAAUGACUUGCCAGACUCCAUCCUGGUACACGCAAAUUGUUGGUUCCUAAAUGAAACACUGAAAUGCAAGAAUAUGUAGUCAUCAUUACAACAUUGUGUAAAAUGAACCUUGACACGCCUCCAGAUCUGAGACUAUUUACUUUGUAUACUAAACAAGUCUGCCCUGUUCUUCAGUUCAUGGUCUAGAACAGGAUAAUAACAUCCAGUAAUGGAUAUCAAGAUGUGAAGCUUCAGACAUAUUUACAUUUUCUUCAACGAGAAAAAAUCGAAAAUGUAAAAUGUUAAACCUUCGUUAGAACUACUUUAAAUCACCUAUGACAGAAUACCAUGCUGUGAACAGAAAACCUUUUCUUUGUUGUUUCAUGCUUUGCAUUGCACUGUUAUAUCAGCCAUCAAAGUCUUAACUGUCAAAGCACCAGACAUUUUUCCAUACUGAAGAAUAAGGACAUUUGUUCUGUCUUGCUAUUGUUAUUAUUAUUAUUAUUAUUAUUACUGUAUUGUAUUAUUGACAAUGCUGAGUGGGGAAAAAU